AAGCUAGUAUGGCUGCAGUUCUUAGAGCCACAGUAGUUGCAUUAGCGCUUAUUGCUGCUCAAAAACAAUUUAGUGUGGCUGCAGGCUCAAAAUUGUAUGGUAUCAAAGAGUUUUUGACCGAAACUUCCGCUUUAUUGGUUAUCCGGACGACCUAUGGUACUUUUAAUCCAUGUAAAUGGUACCAACAGCAGGACAUAAGUGACACUGGUGUGACGGUGUUUUCAUGGGUCUACAUCGAUAGCACUAAACGAAAGGCACCUGCAAGUCACGAGAAGAAAUGGAUCUUCAAAGAAGAAGAUAAGAUGUGGACUGGAGACGAAGGCCCUGAGGGUGAUCGAGAUGAAAAGUGGCUGUUACAUAUACUUGAAAAUGACUCUUGUGGUGUUCUGCACUUCGACGAGAUCUACGACAGUAUCGAUUGA